CAUGAUGGGGUUGUGUUUGAUUUGUUGACUAACUGCAUGGGCCUGUGUUUCUCUUCUCCUGCUGCAGGAACAGGAACCAAUGCCUGUUAUGUGGACAAGGUGUCCAACUUGCCAGUUGACUCUGUUAUUUCAGGAACAGGAACCAACUCUUGUUACAUUGAGAAACUGGAAAACGUAGAACUGUGGAAUGGAGACUACGAAGAUCCCCGACAAGUGAUAAUCAACACUGAGUGGGGAGCGUUCGGAGAUAACUCUUGUCUGGAUUUUGUCCGAACGCGCUAUGACAAAGAAGUCGAUGAAAACUCACUCAACCCAGGAAAUCAGCUAUUCGAGAAGAUGAUAUCUGGAAUGUACAUGGGAGAACUAGUUCGUCGCUGUUUAGUGCACCUGACGGAAGAGGGACUUUUCUUUGGUGGACAAGGCUCACAGAAACUUUACGAAAUGUAUGCCUUCAAGACAAAAUAUGUCUCAAUGAUUGAAAGUGAUCGUAAACACGUGUUUGACGAGACUCGCAAGGUGUUAAGUGAAAUGGGUCUGGAACAUGCUACACCGGAAGAUUGUGAGAACCUGAAAUUAGUAUGUGCUCGAUUUUCUACACGUGCUGCUUUCUUGGUAUCUGCUGCUGUAGCUUGCAUUCUAAAUCGCCUCAAGAGACCUCACACUACAGUAGGAGUUGAUGGUUCAGUCUACAGAUACCACCCACAUUUUCAUGAUCUGAUGGAGAAGAAGAUCUCUGAACUUACUGCCCCAGACCACAAGUUUGAUCUAAUGUUAUCUGAAGAUGGAAGUGGUAGAGGAGCGGCACUUGUAGCAGCAGUCGCUGUGAGGACAGCACACUAAGGGUUGGGAGGAGGGUUCUUCUUCUAUAUCACUGUACAAAACACGAAUGUGGGGUCUCAGGGGAUAUAUCGCUGCUAACUUCAUCAGGCAAGAUAUUACUAAAGCUUUACUUUCAAAUCACCACUGAACUAAGGUCACCCUGGUCUAGCUUUUGCACGCUCUAGCUCCGAAUAAGGAUUACUCACUUAUCACAGGACUAUUACUUGAGAUCUGCGAUCUGCGAAAUCUAAACAAGUUUAUUAUAAAUACAUCUGAUGCCUCGCAAAUAAACAGUGGUUGGAAAUAUUUUUUUGAGCCAAGAGUCAUGGGUGAAAAAUUAAUUAACUAAAGUUUGUUAGGCUGUUUGAAAAAGUGUUAUAACUUAGAUUUUGGUUUGAAACAAAAACUAGUGUCCUGGGUUACAAGUUUUACAAGUACUAUAUUUGUUGUUUCUUAAUUUUAGAGAUGUUUUUGGAUAUUUUUACUAAUAUUUUUACUAAUUCGAUAUAUAGCUAAUUUGGUUUCUUCAACCCUUAAUCUAUAUCAGAUAAUAAAAAUAUUAACAGUUUCUGCUUAAAAUAUUUCCAGUAAAGUUCUGAGUUAGAAGUUACUGGACGUUCUUGAAAUGCAAAAGGUAUAGUAAUUAUGAAUUUCAUUAACAAAUGCCUUUUGUAACGUUAGAAGUAAUAAUUGAACUAAAAUUCAGCAUUACACUGACACUAUUUUAAUACAUGUAAAACUACUAUUUUUAUUUUAGGUUUUGUACUUUUUUUCAUACCUGUUGAUUUUUAUAGAGGUUUAAAACAGUAGUUUUUAUUAAUGGUGACGUAGAAAACGGUGGCUCCUCCCACACACACACACACACACUUUUCAGCCUGUCCCAGUAAAAAUGCAUCAAAGUUAGGAAAAUUAUUCUCAGAACAAACAGCGGAAAGCAUAAAAUUUAAUCCACAACCCAAGAUCUUCCAGGGCUCUAAUGUAAGCCUUGAACCCUCCCUACUUUUAACUUGUCUCCUAUACCCCUGAUUCAGGUUGUGAAUGCUUGAAGUAAUGUAGAAAAUUUUACAUUCUAGAUUGAAUUCUUAACCCUUAAAUAAUAUUGGGAAAUAAAUUAAUUUACAGUUGUGUUUUGGUGACCAAUUAAUUAUGAGUUAAAACAGUUGUGCUUUGCUGGUGAAGUUACAACCAGCAACUUGAAAUAACCUUUCAUAAUGACUGUAGAAAAUGUAUUCAUGAUGUCAGAAAAACACGUAGGUUCAAGAAAUCUUGAUACAAGAUGAUAAAAAUCCUAUAACCCGAGCGCUUUCGAAAGGUGAAGCUUUCUUCUUCAGGGGCAAACUAGCUUAUAGGUUUUUUUUAUCAUCUUGUAGAAAGUGCAAGUAUUAUCUAAUCAAAUAUCAAUGAAUUUGAAUGCCAUUAAUACAAUGAGUACUGGCUAGUGACAGCAGUAAUGUUGAAGAAAAAAAUGCAGAGACACCGAUUUAAGUUCGUAAAUGAACCAAUGUUCCUAUCAUUAUUAUUUUCACCAUUAUUUGUAAAUGUGUCAUAAAUUUCAAGAAAAUACGUUGCAUUUGGUAGAAAUACGAGAAAUAAUAAUAAAAUAGUAAAAUCAUCAAGUUUCCACUAUCAAAAUACAUAUAAUAAGAGCAGCGUUUUUAUUAAUCUUAAUCAACUACAAUAAUAAGUUGUAAUCUGUUUAAUUCCAGAAAUUCGUUUUGAUUUUCUUUAGUUCGUAAUCUAAAGAUUCUAAUUUACCGUUUAUAUCAGGUUUUGAAUAUAAAGACUAGUUUAGAAUAUCAACUAUAAAAAGAACUACGUAAUUAAUAAAUAUAAAUGCACUCCAUUGAGCAACAUGAAUGGUGUUAAAGGAAGAAUGAGUUAGUAAGUAAAUGUUGAAACCUAAAAAAUAAGUAGCGAACGAAUAAAUUUAGUAAAAUCAAGAAGAACAAUGCAGCUACCGUAGCUGCCACAUGCCUCUAAACUACACUUGGUGUGUGGAGAACAAUGCAGCUAUGGGAGCUGCCACAUGCCUCUAAACUACACUUGGUGUGUGGAGAACAAUGCAGCUAUGGGAGCUGCCACAUGCCUCUAAACUACACUUGGUGUGUGGAGAACAAUGCAGCUAUGGGAGCUGCCACGAGCUUCCAAAAUACAUUUGUUUGGGAAGAACAAUGCAGCUACUGUAGCUGCAACAUGCCUCUAAACUACACUUGGUGUGUGGGGAACAAUGCAGCUAUGGGAGCUGCCACGAGCUUCCAAAAUACACUUGUUUGGGAAGAACAAUACAAGUAUAUUAGCAGUCAUGUGUGUCUGAAGUUUUACGGACACAAAAUCUCUGAAGUUCAACAGCACUGGGUACAGUAUUUGAUGUUAGUUUACAAGUCAGUCCAAACUUUGUAUUAGUUUACCAAGUUCAGUAAAAAACAAAAUAUUGAUUCCAAAUGUAUAUUUGCGAGAGUUCCGAGUGACUUUUCAAUUGUUGUUAUUGAUAUAGAAAUCUUGUAUUGUUUCAAUAAACGUAAAAAAAA